UUAAAAUCAAUGGAAUUUUGUGUUGCUUCAUAUUGUUCUCUCGACUAUCGUCCAUCUCUGAUUCCUCAACCCUAACUUGUUUUCUUCUCCAAUUUCUCGAUUCUGUGAAAACAGGAUCUUCGUCAGCAUAGCAUUUCCGCUCUGUGAUCGCUGAAACCCUAGAAGAAUACCGCCAAUUGAAGAUGGCCAUUGCGAGAACGGGAGUUUUUGUAGACGACUAUUUGGAGUAUUCGAGCACGCUGCCGGCGGAGCUUCAAAGGCUUCUCAAUACCAUCAGAGAACUGGAUGAGCGGUCUCAAGCAAUGAUAAACCAGACAAGGCAGCAAACUAAAUACUGUCUGGGUUUGGCAUCUCAAGGGGGCGCCUUCUCUAGGAAAAACGAGGAGGAAGAGGUUUUUGAUAAGCUUCGCAAGGAUAUUGAGGCAAACCAGGACAGCGCUCUCAGUCUCUGCACCGAGAAAGUUCUACUGGCCAGACAAGCUUAUGAUCUUAUCGACAGUCACAUAAAACGCCUUGAUGAGGAUCUUAACAACUUUGUCGAAGAUCUCAAACAAGAGGGAAAGAUAGCACCAGAUGAGCCAGCUGUGCUUCCACCAUUACCUCUAGUUCCUAAAAGUGAAAAACGCAAAUUACUUUAUGGAACACCUCAAUCAAAGAGGAUAGAUUACAAGGACAGGGAUUGGGAUCGGGAGCGUGAUAGAGAUUUUGAGCUCAUGCCUCCUCCUGGCAGCAUUAAGAAAGACUUUGCUUCUCCCGUUGAGCUUGAUCAACCCAUUGAUCCAAAUGAACCCACUUACUGCGUUUGUCAUCAGGUUUCUUUUGGUGAUAUGAUUGCCUGUGACAAUGAAAACUGCCAAGGAGGUGAAUGGUUUCAUUAUGCUUGCGUUGGCCUGACUCCUGAGACGAGAUUUAAAGGAAAGUGGUAUUGCCCGACCUGCAGACAAUUACCACACUGAUGCUUGUCUGGGUAAGUAAAUGGUUGUGUUAUGAAUAUUUUGGCUGAUGCUAUGGAGGCAAGACAGGAAUAUAAUGUGUUCAAAAGAAUUUGUAUUCUGCAUGCCAACGUAAUGCGUGACACGCAUGUGAAAUUGCUCUAGUGGAUGAAGAUCGCACGAAUUUAGUAGGGUUUUCACUUCUGUAAGAAUGGAGGACAUUUGUUUACUUUUUUAUUUAAUAGAAAUGAUGAAUGGCUUAUUAUGACCA